CACGAGUCAUUGCCGCUCAACUGGAACGCUCCUUCAUGUACUCAACACCUCCACUGGGCAUUUGUGCAAUCGAGAGGUACAGAUCAACACCUUCAUAGAAAGCAGAGUACGAAGAGCUUUUGUAUUUAUUAAUGAUCCAUGCCCCCCUCCGCACGAAUGCUAUUAAACAGUGGUCACAAAGUUUAUGUUAUGUUGGUGCAUACGUGGGAGAGCCAGAACUUCAGAAGCCGCUGCUAUAUGAUAUUCAGGACAAGGUCGUGUAUGAUUUAGACCCAGUCAUAACUGUUGUGAAAAUGCAGAUAUUCUGCGAAGUCUCUCGCAAUGCAGGGUAUCACUGGGCGUGGACUCGGUGCUGCAUGAGCCAGAAUAACAACCAACGAUCAGUCAACUCGAUGUUUGUCUUGUAUCAACACUUGGCACUCACCAUCGUCUACAUGUCGGAUGUUCUACUUUCUUCGAAGUCUGGCGCACUGCGUCUGGAAUAUGUGAGAUGGACUAAAUUAUGGGCUUUUGAGUUCUUAUCGGACGUUACUGAUCAGACAGAGAACAUGUAAAGUUCAUUGAGAGGAAAUGGUAGAUUGAGACUCGAA